UGAGACUUAUCUAUAUCUAUAUUGAUAUUUAUAUUUUAAUUGAUUUUGAGCCACAUAUCGGACAAUCUACGAUUACUAUCACAUGAUUAUAAUUGCGAUCUUAUCUUAUCAAUCUGACAGACAAAAUGAAAAAUACGUCCAAUUACACUAGUUUUGCCUUGUUUAAGCACGCUAUGUAUUAUGCUCUGUAUUAGUAUUACCAACAGUAUCGCCGUAUGAGGUAUGUCAUCCAACAGGUUGCAGCUUGGGCAACUGACCUCAAUCGAACAAGGCCAAAAGAUCUUCUUUACCACAGCAAGGAGAAUGCUACGACAAUGGGUAACACCUCCAGUUCUCAUAAAAUAUCCGCUCAGGAUAGAGCAAUCCUCGACCUAAAAAACCAACGCGACAAACUCCACCAAUACCAAAAGCGCAUCACCACUCUGACAGACCGCGAAACCCAAAUCGCGCGAGAAUGCCUUGCCCGCAACGACCGGCCACGCGCCUUGCUCGCUCUCCGCCGUAAGAAGUAUCAACAGUCCCUAUUGGCAAAAACAGAUGCGCAACUCGAUCAACUCGAGCGGUUAACAGGAAGUGUCGAGUUUGCCCUAGUGCAGAAGGAUGUGCUCUUUGGGCUGAGUCAGGGGACCAAGGUGCUACAGACCAUCCAUAAGGAGAUGGGGGGCCUGGAAGCGGUGGAGAAGCUGAUGGGCGAUACAGAGGAGGCCAGAGCGUAUCAGGAGGAAGUCAGCCGCAUGUUGGGUGGCCAAAUGUCCAACCAAGACGAGGACGAGGUAGAAGACGAGCUCGAGGCGAUGGAGCAGGAGAUUUCUGGGCCAAUCAGUCUUCCGAAUGUGCCCACGUCAGCGCUGCCCGAGGAGACAGAGCAGGAAAAGCAAGAGAAAGCCAAACAGCGUGCUAAAGCCAGGGCAAAGGCAAGAGCGGCUGUGCCAAUGGAGGCUUAGUUGUUUUUGUUUUUUUUUGCUUUUACUUCGUCUCAUUGUUCACUUUUGGUCGUGCAUAGCGAUUUCACCUAGGCGUCAUAUGGCAUUUAUCUACAUAGUUCAACCCCUUUUCUGUGACUUUGGGGGUAUUUUCUAGAUUAUUAUAGAGCGGCAUAUGUUUGGGAACAUUCUUCAUAUAUUGCUGAUGGCUGAUAAUUUAAAUUUAAAUUUUUAUUUUUAGUAUUUGGUUCUUAUAUGUGCUGAAAUGGCUCACAGCUCAGCAGGUUCUAUGUGUUCUUCAUGUCUGGCAUUUCAACCUUAUUUUACCCGGAGAUGAUUCCGCAUCAUACAUAAACAAUCACCCAUAGGUGAUUUGCAGGACAUAUACAUUGCUACACUUCCUCUGCACAAGAAAGAAUACAAUAACUAGUACUCAUAACUGCAAGAAGAGAAGAAGACGUGCCAGAUAUACAUACAAUCAUAUACCACAUAACGUCAUUAGAAAUCACGCAAAAGCCUUCCCUUCAGUCCCACUGACAUCCAAAAUUCACUGGGAUUAAAAGUCCUUAUCUCCCAGGCCCAAUCGUCCUUCCCACGCCCUGCACGCCCUGAAUAGCAACAUGAUCCCUCGGAUUCGCCGCAGCCUCAUACAAAAACGUCACGGGCUCCCUAUUCAGUGCCAUAUGCUGCCCCUUAAACCCAAUGUACGAAACGCGCGUCACCUCCUCCUCGCCAUCGCUCCAGUUGUCCUCGAAGAACAGCGUGAUGGACGUCGUGGUGUUGAACUGCGCUCUGUUGAGAGGGAUCUCGAUCACGUCUGAGGUUGGACCGGUGAGUGUUUGGGGGACAGAGAGGGUUUGGGCUGGGAUUAGAUCUGCGGCGGUGGAGAAGUCGAGAUCUGGUCUGUUGCGG